AACAUCAAAAGCGACGGUAGAGACGUACUGUCUCUGGUAGUGCCCGUGCCAAAAGGUCACACACAGUUCUUUUCUUCACCCUCAAACAAGGAAAAGACAUUAUCUUAGGUCGCGCCUGCACUGCACCGAUUACAUCACUUCUCUAUUCUAUUUCCCACUUUAGUGCUUCUCAAUACUUCACUUUUUCCCUCUUUAUAUUCCAAACUCUCUCUGUCACUCCAGACUCUGUCACAUGUCCACCCUCCCCUGUUCAAAUAUUUCCCCUCUCAUUCUCCCUAUAAAUUUCAAUCUUUUUACAGAACCUGUUCCUUCCGUGAGAUGGCGACAAAUUGUACUCAGUGGGAAAAAAUGCUACACUUGAAAGAAGAAGAGGAGGGAAAGGAGGAAGAAGAAGAAGAAAUAGAAGCAUUGUCACUUUGCGAUCUUCCUGUCAAUCUGAUCGGCCACGAAGACCAAUCAAAAGCAAAACCAGAUUCUCAAAUCAAUGAAACCCAAGAAGAGGAUUUCGAUUUCCGCUUAUGGAGUGGCCCCUUUUCCACAGAACCAGAAAUGUGUGCUGCAGAUGAAGUUUUCUUCCAAGGCCAAAUUCUCCCAUUGCAUCUCUCACUUAAGCGAUGUGAAUCCUUGGACCACGUUUCCGUGAGAGAAUUUUGUAGCAAUAGCAGUAGCAGCAGCAUUAGAAGCCAGAAUUCAUCUAGUAGCAGCUCCUCCACCACAACCACUACAACCCCAAUAAUUUCCGAAACAAGAAUUCAAAAUCAAAAUCAAAAUCAUUUCCUCACGCAUCCAAGUCCCCAACGUCAGUUGAAGGUAACCGUUCCAAGACAAACAAGCUUCGGCAAUCACGGUAGAAAAUCAUCAGCAUGGGACUUUUUGCGUCUGGGUGUGGUGCCUGCACCAGAGAUAGCAUUGCAAGAUCUCAAGGUUCGUAGUACCAAUGGUGUUAAUAAAAACCACACAGCUCGCAGCAAUAGCAUGGGCAGCAACAAUAGCAACGCCAAUGCUAAUGGCACCGUGAAAACGAGUUACAGCGGUAAGACAAAAAAUCACGUUUUCAAAAAAAUUGGUGGCUUUUGGAGUGGUUGCAAAUAUUCUGUUGAAACAGUGCAACAAUCGGACAUGGUCAUGAUUAAGGGUGGUACUAAAAGCGCCAACACGACAGAAAGCGCAACGCACGCCGCGAAAGAAAAAGUGCUCGAAAGGAAGAGGCAGAAACACAGACAAAAGCAGGGAAAGAGGACCAUGUCGCGUCGUCGAACGUUUGAAUGGAUAAAGGAGCUUUCGCAUGUAAGCUAUCCCGAUGAAGAGGCUUUGUUAUCUUAAUUCUUAAAUCUUGAACGCUUUGACUCACCACAUGCUUGUAAUUUAGAUUAAAUUGCCUUGAUAGCCGUUGGCUUUUGUUUUUCCUUGGACUGAAUUAAAUUACAUCAUUGUGGUGGAGACGGGAGACUCUGUAAUCAAAACUUCUUACCCUCGUGAGAAUGAUAGUUUUGCUUUUUCGUUUC